AUGCGCAAGGGUGGUGUACAAACGGGUGUGCAUUUCGCGUCACUUCUUCCUACGUUACCAGGCUGCGAAGACCAUGUCGCCUGUGAUGCGCUUCCGUCGAAGUCCAAAUUGGCAUUCCGAGAAAAAUCCCUGUUCCGGAUGGCUGUUGAGGCGGUCGAGGAGGAUGCGGGCGAAGAUCUUCCCUGCAAUGUUAAGCAGCAGGAUGCCUCUGUGGUUGUCACAGAUCUGGCGGCUGCUCUUGUGUUGUUGGAUGUGUACUAUGGUGGUGUGUCCCUGAUGCCCUAA